GCCUCGCUUGCUACCACGUGCCCCGUUCGGCGCCGCUCGGGCCACGGUCAUCGCCGCGCAGCUUCAGUUGCUGCGGGACAAGGUCUGUGGCGGACUUCCUUCCACAACCGGAUGGGGCCCCCUGAAAAUCAAGGCCGUGCUACACCCGCGUGCUGGUGCCAUUGCUGCGGACCUCCAGCAUUCGAUGCUGAAGGUGCUGGACGUGGCCUCGCAGCUCGCAGAGGCGGUGGUCACAGUGGAUGGACCUUGGUCACCACUUCAGCUCGGGGGUCAGCAUGGCUUUCUUCUGGCUGCAGCCGUGUGCCGCGAGGCGAGCGAGCUCAGCUCCGAGCGGAGGUACCUUGCGGAGGAGGUCCUCAUCGCCGAGGUUGGGUCCAUUGGUGCUGACAGCGUCUGCCACGGCAGCGCUGAGGAGACUAUCGGGACGGACGGCAAGAUGUUCCGGAGCGGAAGCCGAGACGGGUGUGGCAUCCAGGCUGCAUCUCGCGGAUGCGUCUAUGCAGCCUUUGGACUCCAUGGUGCCCUCUGCCAGAUCCGUGUUGAUAUGUGGCAAUGCUUGCAAUGUCGUCUGCAUGGGGCUUCAGCGUGUUACCGAUGA